AUGCGAAUUGGUUUGCUGGAUAAUGGCUAUGGUCGGUUUGUUGGUGGGUGCUGUUAUAGCCGUCGUAAUACUCAUCACCUCCCAACAACCAGAAUUGUUUUCUCAAGUGUUGCUAUUAUUUUAUUGUUUUAUUUUCUUUUUUUAUUUCAUCCAAACUUGGUAACUUUGAUUUUAUUCUUUUAUGCAGCUUCUGCACAAUCUAUAGGUGUUUGCUAUGGACAAGUAGCCAACAAUUUACCACCAGAACCUGAAGUUAUAAAGCUCUACCAUUCCAAUCGCAUUGGAAAGAUGAGAAUUUACAAUCCAAAUCAUUCGGUCCUCGAAGCACUCAGAUUAAGCAACAUAGAACUCAUCGUGGGAGUUGCUAAUGAAGACCUCCAAUCCAUUGCCAACUCUGCGACAGAUUGGGUGCAGAGGAACAUUCUGCCUUAUGCUCCUGAUGUUAAGUUUAAAUAUAUAGCGGUUGGAAACGAGAUAAAGCCGCAAAAUGCAGAAUCAUCAUAUGUUCUACCAGCUAUGCAGAACAUAUACAAUGAACUUGUUGCUGCAAACUUACAAACCCAAAUCAAGGUUUCAACAGCAAUUGACCUUUCUUUGCUAGGAAGCUCAUAUCCACCAUCAUCAGGCUUAUUCAGUGCCACUGCAGCUCCAUAUAUAAGCCCAAUCAUUGGCUUCCUUGCAAACACUAAUGCACCACUUCUUGCCAAUGUUUAUACCUAUUUCGGCUACUUAGCGGACCCAGCAAACAUCAAGCUAAGCUAUGCUUUGUUUACUGAACCAGGAGUGGUGGUAAGAGAUGGUCAAUUUGGGUACCAAAAUUUGUUUGGUGCUAUUGUGGAUACACUUUACUAUGCUGUUGAAAAAGCUGGUGGACCAAAUGUGGAGAUUGUUGUAUCAGAGAGUGGUUGGCCGUCAGAAGGUGGAGAAGCAGCUACUGUGGAUAAUGCAACUACUUAUCUAAGAAAUUUGAUUGGUAAUGUGAAAGGUGGGACUCCAAGGAAACCUGGAAAGGCUAUAGAGACUUAUUUGUUUGCUAUGUUUGAUGAAAAUCAGAAAGGUCCUGCAGAAACUGAGAGGCAUUUUGGUCUCUUUUCUCCAGAUCAAGUGCUCAAGUACCAGAUUAGUUUUGAUUAGGAAAGUUUUGCUUACUAUUAGUUUACA